AUGGCCUCAGCAGAUGAACAUCCAUCGUCGAAAAUAUCUCUUGUUGAUUAUUUUAUUUACUGCCCAUUAUUCUGUAGAAAAGAAGGACAGGAGGAACAAAAGAUUCUCUAUUAUCAUCCGUCAACAAGAGAACUGGAUCGAAAAAUACGAACUAUUGGUUAUUGUGAAGGCUUAGUGAAAUUUACUGAAACAUUUACAUGCGAGCAACCGUGUGAAAGUAUUCAUUUUCAAAAGAGUCGAUUAUUAUUUUAUCCGGUUGAAAACGACAUUGGCUUUGCCAUGACUCUUCAUGUUCCAGUUGUUGAACACAAGAAAGACGACAAAUGUUUUCUGGAAUAUCUUGACGAACGUAUAAAUGAUCGAGUUAUGUUACCAAUUUUGAAAAUAUCCUAUCGAUAUUUCGCUUUGCAAUACGGAACGAUAUUCGCGUUGAUUCAACGAACCAGUUUAGAAAACGCCAGAAAUGUUUUGAAAGAAUAUUUCGAUAAGUUCAUUGAAUGUCAUCUACAUCGGAUGAUACAUCAUGCGACACUUGACUCGUCGUUUUUCGGAAUACAUUUCAUAUCAUUAGACAAACAGAUUUAUCUGAAAUUUCAAGCGGUUUUACGACGAUUCGAGUUACAGUUUGCUUCGUUGAAUGAAACAGUGUUCAUUUAUCGAAAUCAACUCGUUUGGAGUGGUCUUAAUCAAGAUGAUACCGCACUGAUCUAUUCAUUUUUUCGACUCUAUUAUUGGCCACAUCUGAAAACCAUGCCUCAUACAUCUACAAUUCAAUAUUUAUCUGUCAAUUCUUGCGCAAAUCAAUUUAAUUCAUCCACGAAUGUUACUGGUCAAAAGUUCUACUUGGGAUCAUUCUCAUUCUCGUACUCAGUACUUGUUCUUCAUUAUGAUUCAUUUACUAGUUUUUGCAUCUUUCAUAACGAUAACGAUCUAUUAAACAAUGAAAAAACAUCAACAGCUACUAAUUUAUUUCGACAAGACUUAGAAAUAGUAUUACCUAGCUUUUAUGGAUAUCUUCAACGUGAACAUCCUAUACCCGAUGUUGCUGUUAAAAAUGCUUAUUAUAAUAAAGUGAAUAUGGCUCAUUCAGCUACGAUCAAUUGGCACAAAGACCUGAGCAAUCCGAUGAGUAGCGUGAUGAAUACACUCGCAGAAGAUUUGCAAUGGUUUCAUCCAUCCGGUGAGAUAAUGGUUAAGCGGGAGAAUGAUCCAUGGCUAAUUGCUAAGCGAUCGGACAGACGUGAAUUAUUAGUAAUGAUUAAUCAAAAAAGUGCAAAUUUAAAGCAGAUCCGUGGUAAUGUGAAAGCUUUCUUCAGCGGAAUAUUUUUCUUUGACGCUUCUAUUGUUGAUUUAGAUAAAAUCAAACAAAUCCUUUCGACACAAUUUAAUAGUAUUUUACUGUUCGAAUGA